CGGGUUGACAGGUUUUAUUUCAUUUGAGAACGAAGAAGGUUAUCUUUGUCCCGGCCCGGACGACAUCAUGUCCAUCUCUCCCCUUUUGCACAGCAAUCCGGCCAGUGGUUGAUCGGUUUGGGCCCAUCCCCACAAUCCCAUCAAGUUGGCAGUAUGUUUGCGUGGCUCCGUUCUCGGACAGUCUGAGCUCGUCGGACAGGCGAACAGGUGAACAGGCGACACACACAGAGAGAGAGAGAGAGAGAGAGAGAGAGAGAGACGAUUGAUGCUCCUCGUCGCGCAAAACUCAAGGUAGAGAGAGAGAGAGAGAGAGAGAGAGAGAGAGAGAGAGAGAGAGAGAGAGAGAGAGAGAGAGAGAGAGAGAGAGAGAGACGAUUGAUGCCCCUCGUCGUGCAAAAUUCAAGAUGAUUGCAUCACCGGUGGGGAACAAUCGCCUGCCGUUCCCUCCGACCGCGGGGAGUUCAAGCAAUGGAGGAGGAGGGGUCUCGACGAGCGCAGCGGUGAUUAAAGUUGUUGUCAAUGCCAUGGCUGACAUCUCAGUGCCUGUGAGGGAGGCUGCAGCUGCAACUCUUCAGGAGAACGCGAAUAGGCAUGCGAUGACCAUCCUCGAGUAUUGUAAAGCUAGUCUGCGCACAGGAAAAAGACGACCUGGAAGCCAUCAUGCGGGAGUGUUGAGAGUGAUGGCACAUGUGGUCAGGGAAAUGAGUGACGCUGAUGUUGAUGAGAUGAGCCUGCGAAGCUUGGUGAAGAUUGGCAUGGGAGAAAUGCUAAAUAUCAAAGAAUUGAUGACGGAGUGGCAGCUGGGUGGGUCAGCGCUUUUGGUUGCUCUGGCUGCUAGGAUGCCCAAGCUGGUAAUGGAUGAGGUUUUCCUCCAGUUUUCGAGCAGUAAUGUGCCUGUUGUGGCGAUUGUCAGGACCUUAGCAGACUUCGCGGCAGAGAAUGCUCUGCUUUUUGUCCCAUAUCUGAAGGACGUGCUGUCGAGGGUUCUCCCUGUGCUCGGAGGGGUGAAGGAUGCUCAACGGCAAAUCUUCGCAACAGCAUUCAUGCUAUGGUGUCAAGGUCUGACCCAGUACUACUUAAACGUACCUCGGGCGCCUGCGAUUGACAGUGAUACACAGGCGCUAAUUGAAUCGGCUUUUGAGCUUUUUCUCUCAACAUGGAUAUUAUCUCGAGAGCCCAAGGUGCGGCUGAAGACCGUGGAGGCGUUGGGUGAGAUGUCUGCUCUGAUUGGACGGCCACAGUUGAAAGCUGCCCUUCCGAAGUUGAUUCCUGCCAUCUUAAAUGUGUAUAAAAAGGAGAAAGAUGACCCGCUACCAAUCACGGAGGGUCUUUACAUGGCACUGGAGGCAGCACUUGGCUCCGAUUCAACACAACCAUUGUUUGACUUCCAGUCGGCACAGGUUGUGUUGAGUGCGAUUCUUCCAAUGGCGAAUGCAUCAUCUGAAACUGCUUGCUCUAUUGACGUUGCAACUUUCUUGAGGAACAAGUAUGCAGUCCUCAGAUGCUGUGAACGAACGGGCAGAGUUUUCCCAGAAGAUAUUCUCAACUAUCUUCUGCAGAGAAUUGGAGCUAAAGAUGAUCCAGUCAAGCUGGGGGCUUUUGCUGCUUUGAAUCAUCUGACAACAAGGUUGCAGGAGCAGUGGGAGGGAAAGAAGACGGCAAUUGUCGAGGCUGUGAAGAACGUUCUUCAUGAGUCUGACCUUAGCUUGCGCAAGGCCAUUGUACAGCUGAUUGUAUCGAUGGCAUCUGCGGGAUAUUUGACAAAAGAGAAUGGAGAACCCUUUAUCGAGUUUCUUGUUCGACAGUGUGCAAUCUCAGAUACAGAGGUAGAGCAGUUCAAACAGCGGCAGAGCACAGAUGAAAAAGCAGGAGUGGUGAGAUCAAGUGGCUUACUUAAAAGUGAUUUGCGUGUUGGAGUGGUGUCCCCCUCAGAACUGCGAGCAGUCUGUGACAAGAGUCUUCACCUAUUGGCAAGCACUAUUCCAGAAAUGGAGCCUCUUCUUUGGCCUUUUUUGCUCGGAAUGCUCCUUCCAGAGGCGUACACAGGGGCCGUUGCAACGGUAUGCAAAUGCAUUUCAGACCUCGUGAAGCGGAAGCUAGCUAGGGGCGAGGGUAUUUCACUGGAUGUUCUAGGCACGUCAAAUGAGUUCCCAAGCCCGCAGGUUCUUUUGGCUAGGAUGCUGGUUUUACUGCACAAUCCAAUGGCAAGGGAGCAGCUUGUGCAGCGACUACUUGGUGUUUUGUAUCUCCUUGCUCCGUUGUUCCACCCAACUGUAGCUUCCCUUUGGAAAGAUGAGAUUCCCAAGAUGUUGGCUUAUGUGAGUGACAAGGAUGAGUCUUGGCAGCAAGCACUCUGGGAUGACAUGGUCUUACAUUUCUUGUCAGAGACCGUGGAUGUCAUUCACGACCAGCAGUACUGUAUGUCACUGGGUGAUGCGUUUGGUGAGCAAUAUGAUUUGUAUGCGGAUGAUCAUCAGCAUUCUGCACUCCUCCACAGAUGUUUGGGCCUUGUUCUUGGGAAGAUAGAGGACAAACCUUACGUGAAGGACAAGAUUGACCUGAUGUACAAGAGAGCAGAUGUAUCUGUGGAAUCCCACAGAGAUGGGCUUGCAAUGGGUCUGGGCAUGGUAGCAACCACACAUCUUGACACAGUACUUGCGAUGCUGCGGCGUGUUCUUGAAACUCAGGGGAACCGAAGGAUGCGAAGGUUGCUUUCAUAUUUCUUCGAGCAAAAGAAGAAUGUUCCCAAUGCAGACGAUGUCUGUGCAGCAGUUGCAUUAAUGUACGGAUAUGCAGCAUGGUAUGCGCCUUCAUCAGCGAUUGAAGCACGGAUUGAGACACUUGUGGGCAGCAAUAUGCUGGCAGGGUUGUUGGGAGUGAAGACAGCAAAGCCUCGACAAGCAGUGAUAUCUGCCAUUGACCUCUUGGGCAAGGCUGUAAUUAAGGCUGCAAGAUAUGGAGUUGCGUUUCAGCUUCGGCGAAGGGAUGAGAUGCUGAAUCAUGUAAUGAUGUUCAUGUCUGGAACAAGUCCUAGCCAGCCAUACCCGCAGACAAAUCCUACUGAUAUUGAGUUCCUUAACACACAGAGAAUAGCAUUGAGUGCUUGCACCACAUUGGUGUCUGUUCAGCCCAAGCUGUCAAACUCAAUGAGAGACCGCCUACUGCAGGCAACCAUUCAUUUUUUCACCCUUCAAAUCGAGCCUUCUGGAGUUGUGAUGGCCUUAACAGAGAAUCUGAAAAUGCUUCUCAAAGCACUUCUUCGAACAGGGGGAGAUGAUGGGAAGAGCAGGUCAGACCUCUUGUUGCUUCUUCUGCAGCAGAUCGACCAGUACGUGUGCUCACCGGUUUAUACACAAAGGGAGAGGGCGACAAGCGCUGUGUUGGAGCUGCUCCGGCAGUUUCAUACUCUCUGCACAACAGGCAGUGAAGCAAGUGUUAUGGAGACCCCAGUUCCUGAGGGUUUGUCUCCUCUUUCCCACCUUACAUUUUCGAAGGGAUUGUCAGCAUGGCCGGCACUCACCAGUAAUGACAGAGGACAAAGCAGCAUGGGCAGUGGCAGUGGUGGAAGCAGUAGUGCAGCUACCCCUCUCCUGCCCGAACGACAUGCUCUCAAGUUUGGGCAGCGACUCAUGGCCUACCUUCCACGCUGUACAGAUCCGUCACCCCUGGUUCGGGAGAAUGCUAUACAGAUAAUUGAAGUCUUAUUCAGAAUCGCCUUGCUUCUGCCGAAGUCUGUUGGGGUUGUACGAAGAGAAGACAAGGAGGCAAUUUAUGCUGCCCAGAGUAUGCUACAGCAGUUAGCACUGUCCCGGUCUGAGUGGUUGCAUGCUCUUUCAACAGAGGAGCAGCAGGACAUGUUGAAGAAGAUUGCAUCGGCAGUCAGCAAACUGAUCACGACAAAAGAGCUGGUCUCAUUCUUACGAAUAAGUGAGAAGGGUGUGUGUGAUCGAACAGAAACCGCUGCCAAGGGUGCAAUUAUUGCAAUCACAGAUCUUAUUCGUUACCGUGGCGCGGAGAUCAGUGACACCGAUUUGCCAAGGAUAACAGACCAAUUCUUAGUUGCUGCGGCUGCUUUGUCAGACUACACAGAGCGUCAGUCCAUUCUGCUUGCGGUAUGUGAGCUGGCAGAGCAAGCCAAGUCAAGGGUGGUCUUUGACGAACUAUUGAACCCUUCUGCCGGGCCAGGCAAGAAGGAGGGCUCAAAGAAGCGUGAUCCUGGCUUGGUAGAGGAUGCUUUUCGGGCUCUGGCAGCUCAUGAAGUUCUCGGUCUGGAGCUAUUAGAGCAUGUUGUGGAUGUGCUAAAUCAAUCACCAAUUUAUGUUGACGAGGACCAAGACAAGCAACCACCCAGCCAGUAUUCACCUACGCAUCAACGUGAGAUGUAUGGUCCCCCACAAGCGGCAACUUUGGCAAUGGGGGCAAUAUUCAGAGUUGGAGGGGGUGUGCGAGAGAAAGUUGUAGAGCCGAGAUACGCAAAAGUGCUUUGUGCAUUGAUCCUACGGAUAGGAAGUGUUCUGGAAACACUCCAUGUCAACAUGCAACCUGCGAAGGAACUGGUGGCCACUUUCCGCGCGUUCUGUGACUGUGUGGGUGAUGAAGAAAUGAAACAGAUCUUGUCAGAUUUGGAGCAAAAGUUCAUUGACGACGAGUGGAUUGAGGUGGUUGCGAAGAUUGCAGGAUCAACUGGAUGGCGGAGGCCUCAUCUGGUUAAUGAAAUAUGUACCUUGCUAUGGCCAGCACUCAAGAGGAGUCAAGAUUACCAACGUGCUGCUGCGGCAGCCGCACUCUCUGAAUAUGUUAAGCACAACGUUGGGGAGAAGCUCCUUGGGCAGCUUGUUGGAGCACUGAGUGCUCACAUCGGAGAUGAAGAAGCAAUAGUAAGGAAACGAUGUGUGACAGGUCUCGCAGAGGUGCCUAGUUCAGAAAUGCCCAAGUAUGCAUCCCAGGUGCUAAGUGUUGUGGCAGCGGUAAUAGAGGAUUGUGUUGAGGAUGUUGCGUUCACAGCAGUGAGGGAGCUCAGCAAGAUACUGGAGCUGGUGACAGAGGAGACCGUGUCCCCCAUGCUACUGAGUCUCUGUGUGCGCCUACGAGCAUUGCAAAAUCAAGAAAAUGUUGGCAUACGGGCUGCUGCCUUCUCCGCAUUUGGUGUGCUUAGCAAAUUUGGAGCUGGCCCACACCGAGAAGGAUUCCUGGAGCAGGUCCAUAUAACCCUUCCUCGACUUCUUUUUCAUGUCAACGAUGAGGCUAUGGAUGUCAGACAUGCAUGCAAGAAUGCUCUUCGAAGACUGGCCCCGCUUCUGCGGUCGACGGAGAUCAGUGAAAUUUUGAACUCAAGAGCAUUCGAUUCAGACCGAAGGGCUAUUGUUCACGCCUCUGACCAUUGGGAGGUGUGGAACGACGGUGUCAUGGUCCAUGCCAUGAUUGAUAUUACUGAUUUCUUACUCAAUGAUGCUGUUCUCUUGCCACAUCAAACUGUCCGCAACCUCCUUUAUGUCGAAGAUCAUUCCUCUGGCACCGUAGUGCA